UGGUGAAAUAGAGUGUCAGAAGUAUGCGUGGGGAAGUGGAAAAGAGCAAUCGAUUUCAUUCCCCUAAAAUUCAAUUAAGUUUUGAUGAGUGAAUUUUCAAAAUUCCCUCCUCCAAGUUCCAACUCCAGCCUCUAGGGUUUUUGUUGCCAUGAAGCGCGACUAUUACGAGAUUUCCGACGAUGAAUGGCCGGAAGACAAUUCCUUCAAUCCUUCUCGCGUCCUCAAACACAAGCCUUCUGCUCCACCUCCUCCUAUCGAGUCCUUCGCAUACUCCAACAGCACCAAUCAAAAUACCUCAAAAUCCUCCAAUUUCAUCCAAGUUUUAGAUAGUUCCUCCGAAGAAAUCGGACUUGGAAAUGCCUCUGAGAAUUUGGAGGACGAUGAUGCUGAAAUUGAAUCCACUAUCAACCAGACCAACUGCCGUGCCCGCCGAAGAUUUGUGGUGGAUGAUGAAGAGGAAGGAUUUAACUCAAAUGAAGAGGAGGAGGAGGAGGAGUUUGAGCUUUCCGACAACCAGGAGAGUGAAAAGGAGGAGGAUGUUGUAGGAAAGGCAUUGCAAAAGUGUGGGAAAAUAUCUAUGGAGCUUAAGAGAGAGCUUUUUGGUACUGCAGCUGCAAAAUGUGAUUCCUUUGUUGAAGUGGAGGAGGCUUCGUCACUAAGAAUUGUCACUCAGGAUGAUAUAGACCUGGCAUGUGGAGAAGAAGAUUCGGAUUUUAAGCCAAUACUAAAACCUUACCAGCUAGUUGGAGUCAAUUUCCUCCUUUUGUUGUAUAGAAAGAAAAUCGGGGGAGCUAUACUGGCUGAUGAAAUGGGUCUUGGUAAGACCAUUCAGGCAAUCACAUACUUAACAUUGCUGAAGCAUUUGGAAGAUGAUCCUGGUCCUCAUUUAAUUGUUUGUCCUGCCUCUGUUUUGGAGAACUGGGAAAGAGAGCUAAAAAAGUGGUGUCCGGCAUUUACUGUGAUCCAAUAUCAUGGUUCUGCACGAUCAGCUUACUCAAAAGACUUGAGUUCUCUUGCUAGGACUGGACAGCCACCUCCAUUUAACGUUAUCCUAGUGUGCUACUCGCUUUUUGAACGACACAGUGCACAGCAAAAAGAUGACCGCAAAAUUCUGAAGCGCUGGCGUUGGAGCUGUGUGCUAAUGGAUGAGGCUCAUGCUUUAAAGGAUAAAGGCAGCUAUAGGUGGAAAAACUUAAUGUCUGUUGCACGUAAUGCUAACCAGCGAUUAAUGCUCACUGGCACACCACUACAAAAUGAUUUGCAUGAACUGUGGUCAAUUUUGGAGUUUAUGAUGCCUGAUCUAUUUGAAACAGGAGAUGUUGACUUGAAAAAACUAUUGAAUGCAGAAGAUAAAGAGUUAAUUGCUCGAAUAAAGUCCAUUCUUGGACCUUUCAUUUUGAGAAGAUUAAAAUCGGAUGUGAUGAAACAACUGGUACCAAAAAUACAGAUGGUUCGUUAUGUUGGCAUGGAGAAACAGCAAGAAGAUGCAUAUAAAGAAGCGAUUGAAAGCUACCGUGCUGCAUCUCUAGCUCGUGUUUCAAAGCAACCUGUUAGUUUGAAUAAUGCUGCUGGUGUCUUUUCGAGACGACAAAUUUCCAAUUAUUUUCUUGAAUUCCGCAAGAUUGCAAACCAUCCUCUGCUUGUGAGGCGUAUUUAUACAGAUGAUGAUGUUGUUCGAAUUGCUAGAGUUAUGCAUCCCAAAGGUGUCUUUGGUUUUGAAUGUACAGUGGACAGAGUAAUUGAAGAGCUGAAGAGCUAUAAUGAUUUCUCCAUCCACAAGCUUUUACUUUAUUAUGGCGAUAGUAAUAAGGGAGUGCUGUCAGAUGAACGUGUUAUGAUUUCAGCUAAAUGUCAGGAAUUAGCCAAACUUCUCCCUUCAUUAAAGCUUUCUGGUCAUCGAGUGCUUAUUUUUAGCCAGUGGACAUCAAUGCUUGAUAUCCUGGAGUGGACCCUAGAUGUUAUUGGUGUUACAUACAGGCGCCUGGAUGGAAGUACUCAGGUGACGGAGAGACAGACAAUUGUUGACACCUUCAAUAAGGACACUUCCAUAUUUGCAUGUUUGCUCUCCACAAGGGCUGGAGGACAGGGUUUAAACUUGACAGGAGCUGAUACUGUUAUCAUACAUGACAUGGAUUUUAAUCCACAAAUAGAUCGGCAAGCUGAAGAUCGCUGCCACCGGAUAGGCCAAAACAAACCAGUUACAGUAUACAGGCUUGUGACUAGGAAUACUGUUGAUGAGAAUGUAUAUGAGAUUGCAAAGCGAAAACUUACAUUGGAUGCAGCUAUACUUGAAUCUGGAGCCCAAAUUGAGAAUGAAGGUGAUGCAAAAACUAUGGGUGAGAUAUUAUCGUCUCUUCUGCUGGGUUAGGCGCGCCAUGUUCUGACAUGAUUCAAACCAAUAUCAUUUUGAUCUAUUGGCUUUCUUUUUCUUCUGUUUCUGCGUUUUCUGAGGGUGAAUUGGAAGGUGGGGAUUGAUGUAGGAUCCCUCCAUUCUCAUCCUCCCCCGUCAAUCAUAAAAUGCCAUGUUCGCUUGGGCCUUCCUUUGGAAACAGAAAAUUGAGCCAAUCCCAUGGCCCUGUUGUAUUAUACUAGAAUAGAUAGACUCCAGUUUAUAAAAAUGUAAAAUACACUGUACUUCAAGUCUUGUCGUAGGUAAGCCCUUAUUUUAAUUUUUAUUAUAGCUUUGGUCAUGCACUUUUCCUAGCUGCUGUUAUCGCUCAAAGUAGUCCUCCUAUUUUGGUUGGACUUCCGGAAUGAACACUUUUUGUUUAAAUUUAACAGCGUUUUUAGUUGAUUCUAAA